UCUGACGUCUGAACCCCAGUCCUAAAUGCUAAAUCCUAAUCACAUUAAACAAAAACACUAAGCUUCCAUUUCCAAUUUCAUUAGCUUUCAACAAUUGAGAAGCUUGAAUCUUCUGAGAAAUGAAUAGGGAGGCUGAGGAGCGGGGUGGUGGUGGUGGCGGUGGUGCAGAGACGUCGACGGUGGCAGUGGCAGUAAAGAGCUCAAGAGGGAAAGGAAGCCGGCGUGCAGUCCGGUGGGCGGUUGAGAAGAUGAUAUGGAAAGCCGAACCUAUUGUGCUAGUCCAUGUCAUCCCUCCUGUUACUUCAAUCCCUACUCCUUCAGGACAGAGGAUACCAAUUGAAGAGGUGGACGCAAAGAUACUGAGACUAUAUGUAGAUGAUAUGAAAGAAAGGUCUAAGCAAAUGCUUAUACCUUUCAAGGAACUGUGUAAAAGAAGAAGGGUGGAAAUUGUAGUGCUUGAGGGGGAUAGUCCUGCGUCUGCACUUGUAAGAUACGUAGCAGAUGUGGGGAGUUCAGCUUUAGUAGUGGGUUCCUGCUCUCCCAAAUACGGUUGCUUUAGAAGGAAGCCAAAGAGCUCUGUAGUGCCAUCGGUUCUCGUAAGAAAUGCUCCUGAAAGUUGUGAUGUCUUUGUGGUGUCCAGACGUGGGGUUAUCAAAAAUAAACCAAAUUCCUUGUUGGCUACUGAGGAUAGCGCAAAGGAGUUUUUGGUCAGUAAAAGCGAACACCAUUCUCUGACAGUCAGUAAACAAUUGCCUUGGAACAGUUCUUCGUCAACAAACUCAAGAACUAACAAAAACUCACAACUAUCAUCAACCUCUGGCUUUAGUGGUCCAGACUCUCAUAUUCAGGCCUAUCCAGUAUACUCUACCACUUUUCUGCAGCAGAUUCAUCUUGCGGACAAUACCUUAGAUUUUGAAACAGUUCAGAGUCGCUCCUCUCGACCUUCUACACCCUCGGAGCAGUCAAAUGUCGAUGCUGAAGUGGAGCGACUGCGACAAGAAUUAUACAGCACUCUUUCCAUGUACAAUCAAGCCUGUGAAGAUCUGGUUUAUGUCCAAAAGAAGGUCAACUUGCUUUCUGCUGAAUGCCUUGAAGAAGAAAGAAGAGUGGAUGCUGCAAGACAAAGAGAGGAGAUUUUACGCAAAGUUGCUGCAAGAGAGAGAGAGAAGCAUUUGGAGGCCAUGAAGGAGAUUGAAAUGGCAAAGGAUCAGUGUGCCAAGGAAGCUAAUGAAAGACAAGUAGCAGAAACUAAUGCCCUCAACGAGUUUUCUCAGAAGCAGAAAAUUGUGGAAGCACUAUUUUCAGAAGACAAAAGGUACAAAAGGUACACUAGAGACGAAAUUGAGGAGGCAACAGGUUUCUUCUGUGAGGCAAAGGUUAUAGGUUCUGGAGCAUAUGGAAAAGUUUACAAAUGCAGCAUUGAUCACACUCCCGUGGCCAUUAAAGUCCUUCAGUCUGAUGCAUCAGACAAAAAGGAAGAAUUUCUGAGAGAGGUUGAAGUUCUUAGCCUACUACGUCACCCUCAUAUUGUUUUACUUCUUGGAGCCUGUCCAGAAAUUGGUUGCCUGGUAUAUGAAUAUAUGGAAAAUGGCAGCCUGGAAGAUUUUAUACUUCCUGGAAGCGGCCGAGCUCCGCUUCCUUGGUUUAUUCGUUUCCGGAUUGUUUAUGAAGUGGCCUGUGGACUUGCAUUUUUACACAAUUCAGGACCAGAGCCUAUUGUCCAUCGGGAUCUGAAACCAGGAAAUAUACUCUUAGAUAGAAAUUAUGUGAGCAAAAUUGGAGACGUGGGCUUGGCAAAAAUAAUAUCGGAGGUGGUGCCUGAUAAUGUAACAGAAUACCAAGAUUCUAUUCUUGCUGGUACCAUUUGUUACAUGGAUCCAGAGUAUCAAAGGACUGGCACAGUAAGACCAAAAUCUGAUCUGUAUGCUUUAGGAAUCAUAGCUCUUCAGCUGUUGACCGCUUGCCGUCCUAAUAGAGCAAUACUGAAGGUUGAAAAUGCCAUAAAAACUAGAUCCUUGUCAGCCGCACUAGAUAAAUCAAUUUCAGACUGGCCAUUGGCUGAAGUCAAAGAACUCGCUCAAAUGGCUCUAAAAUGCUGUAAACUUAGGUGCAGAGACAGGCCAGAUCUUGAAACAGAGUUGCUCCCUGUUUUGGAAAGACUUGCCAGAUUUGCUGAUGUAGCUAGGAAAGCUGGCAGUGGCAAUUUUCCUGCACCAAGCCAGUAUUACUGCCCAAUUCUUCAGGAAAUAAUGGAUGAUCCGCAUAUUGCAGCAGAUGGUUUUACAUAUGAGCACAUUGCGAUUAAAACAUGGCUUGACAGACAUGAUGUAUCACCAGUAACGAAGGUUAGACUGCAGACGAAGAUGCUUACCCCAAACCAUAUACUACGUUCAGCCAUUCAAGAGUGGAGGUCAAGCGUCUCAUUCUGAGGAACUGAAUAUGAAUGCAGAUGCAAUCAAAUUUCAUAUCUACAUUUUUAACUGAACCAACGUCUGAGCGAGUUAUGUUCAUAUAGAUAUCAUAUUUGUCUAUAAGUUUUUGCCAACAGUUGCAACUGCAAAUGUAUAUUCCUGAUAUCAGCACCAUCAUAUUUAAAUGAAUGUGAGAAACAACAGUUAUAGUAA